AUGCAGAUGGAUGGCACUGAUGAUUCUCAUGUCGAGGAAACACAAGAUGGCGUCAAUUCUCAUGUCAACGAGCAUCAGAUAUUUACACAAGGGCGAGAGCGAGGAAAGUGGGUGGUAAAUGUUAUUGAUUCCGCUGGAAAUGUAACAGAGGAACGCCUCACAGCAAAAGAUGUAUGGGGAAUGGAAAAACGAAGAAUUAUUCUAGAGUUUGGUCCACAUGAUCAACCUGAUGGUGGAAGUGGUGGUGUAUUUGGUACAUGGCUUGGCAUGUUAAGUACUAAUCUGACCAAGUUUCCGAUAAACUAUGAUGAUUGGAGGAAUGUACAGCAAUGGCGAAAGGAUGACGCUUGGGACUACAUUCAGACUAAGUUUUAUUUUGAUAGUUCAAACAAAAACUAUAAAGACUUUGUGAUGAAGAGCUUAAGUGUGAAGUGCAAAAGUGUGAAAACUCGUCUUUGGGAACAUUUGGGAAGAAAUAAUCCUGAAGAAACUUUGCAGCUCCGCCCCGAAUUCAUUCCCAAAGAACAGUGGCACGACUUUGUUUAUAUGCAAUUUAGUGAGAAAGCUAAGAAUCUAAGAGAGCAAAACAAGAUAAGCAGGAGCCACUACAAGACACCUCAUACCUUAGGGAAAAAGAGCAUUUCUCGAGUUUUGAAAGAAGUUUUUCUUAAGACGGGUAAACGUCCAAGUCGUGCAGAAAUAUUUGUGAGCUCACGCCAAAAAGCUAAUGGAGGAUAUGUUAAUGAAGAAGCUCGUGACUUAUCGGUCAGAUUCUUUUUGCUUGCUUCAUCUCUUAUUAAUCUUAUACAUCUUUGUGAGUUUAGUUGA